CCCCUUGAAUCAACAUUUCUUGAGAGUUGCGGCGUUGCUGACCUGAUUACAACUUGCUAUGGAGGACGAAAUCGCAAGAUUGGCAUAGCCCUGGCAGAGACAGAAAAGCCGGUCAGCGUGCUAGAAGGUGAACUACUCGGCGGUCAAAGUGCUCAGGGUGUGCUUACAGCAGCCGAAGUGCACUCGAUGCUCUCGUCCAAAAAACUAGACCACCAAUUUCCCAUCUUCACUACCAUUCACAUGAUCUGUCAGCGUCAAGCUCCGGCCGAUGUUCUUAUCUCUUGCCUUCGUAAUCAUCCGGAACAUAAUUAG